AUGCCACCACCUUUGGAAAUACAUGUGGACCAAGCCAAGAGCGAUUUACAGCCAAAUCACCAUAUCUUACCAGCGACCUCUUCAGCAGGCUGGAUCUCGUACUUUUCGGGAGUGCCAGACAAGCGACGACAGCGCACAUGGAGGAGAAAAGCCGCAAGUGACGAGAUCUCUGGCUUUCGAAAUCCCUGGCCGAGCUUCCACAAGGCUACACGCCAGGAGCUCUGGCAAUCUCUGGAAUGGGGCGAGGAUGCAGACCCAGCCAUCGACCUGGCAGCGUCCCAUCCCCGGGCAGCGAAUGCGUCUCUCGCAGGCUCAAGCAGUAGCAGUGCUCGGGCGCAACAGGCUGCCCAGCUGCUUCAGCUCACCAAACCCGACUUCAGCUUCGACUCAGGCGCCGGCAGUGCCAAGACCACAUGGCUAGGCCACGCGGGCAUGCUGCUUCAGCUUCCUGGUCUGAAGCAGGGCAGCGACCCCAUCCGCAUCAUCUUCGACCCCAUCUUCUCCGAGCGCUCCUCCCCGUCUCAAUAUAUUGGCCCCAUACGUUCAUAUAAGCCACCAUGCAAGCUGGAAGACUUGCCCCCCAUUGACAUGCUCCUCAUCAGCCACAAUCACUACGACCACCUGGACUACGACACCGUCAUGGCCCUCUGGCGUCUGAACCAGGAUCGCAUGCGCUUCAUCGUGCCCCUCAAGAAUUCUCGAUGGUUCGUGGACUCUGGCGUCCCUGCCGAUCGUGUGGUCGAGCUUGACUGGUGGGAGUCGGUGGACCUCACCGAGCGGAACCCUGGCACGGGGAGGCUGAAGGUGUCGUGCACGCCGGCGCAGCACAGCAGCCUGAGGGAUGGCUACGAUGCGGACUCUGCGCUCUGGUCAGGAUGGUACCUGAGCCACGAGCUGCCCGACAGGAGACCUUACCGGGUGUUCUUUACCGGAGACUCGGGCUAUCAGUGCCAUGCUGACCCGAGCUGGCCACCCAAGCCACCGAAAAGCACCACACACAAGAAGUUGGAAGAGGGAGCAGUAAAGAAGGUUGCAGACCCAGACAACAUCUCACCGGAGAAGUAUCCGCCCUGUCCAGCAUACAGAGAAAUUGCCACCCGCCUCGGCACACCCGACUUGAUCUAUCUUCCCAUCGCCCUCGGCGCAACUUGGGCGUACGUCCGCAGCUUCUUCUCGAACUACGUGCCGCCUGCCAACGUACCCGUCCCUCGCCACAGCGCUGGUGUCACGGGCGCCAUUCACAUGCCGCCGUGGGACGCGGUGCGUGUCCUGCGGGACUUGACGGGUGCCGCCGGGGAGGACAAAGAUGUACGGCCGCCGGUAGCUGUCGCCAUGCACUGGGGAACGUUUGUCACGGAACCUGUUGAGGUCCUCAAAUCCCUGGGUCAUCUGGAAUGGGCCUGUUAUAAUCAAGGCAUAAAAUUUGGGCGAGAUAUCGAAGACACGGAGGGGGUCAAGGCAGGACAGCCUACAUUUCUAGCGUUGAACCAUGGUCAGAGCAUUGUUAGCUGA